AUGCCAAACUCCAUCUAUGUGCCGGUGCUCGGUGGGCAUGAUGAAACAACCGUAUCGAGCAACAGUGAUGACGGUACAGUUGUCCCCGUGGCCAACAAUGGCACUGUGACGGUCCCGCGCCUCGACGACAUUGAGACCACCUUCGAGCGCAUUCGUGUGCUCGGGCGCGGUGCGUAUGGCACCGCCACCCUGUUUCGCCGCCGCCAAGAUGAUGAGUUGGUCGUGGUCAAGGAGAUUAUUUUGACCGAUCUCAAGCCCAAAGAUCGACUUCUUGCUCAAAACGAGGUCAAGUUGCUUGCCAUGUUCGACCACCCCAACGUCAUUGGUUACUAUGACUCGAGUGAUACCAACGGUGUCUUGCGCAUUGAAAUGGAGUAUGCCGACGGUGGCAACCUUGCGCAAUGGAUCGGCCAACAAAAAGACCUCGUCCCUCAGCCGCGCGUCCUUCACAUGUUCAAACAAAUUGUUGCGGCCCUUGACUACGUCCAUUCGCAAAAUGUGAUCCAUCGAGAUAUCAAAGCUGACAACGUCUUUCUGACGCGCCACGGCGUGCCCAAGCUUGGUGAUUUUGGCAUUUCGAAGAGCAUCGCCUCGACCAUGGCCAAGGCACACACCGUCGUGGGCACACCUUAUUAUAUAUCCCCGGAGCUUGCCCAGGGCAAGCCCUACGACAACAAAACCGACAUCUGGAGCUUGGGCUGCGUAGCUUACGAGCUGCUCACGCUCCACCGCACCUUUGAGGGCUCCAAUUUGCCUGCUUUGGUCCGCAAAAUUAUGAAGGGCCAAUUUACGCCCAUCAACGGACCCUAUGACCCUGAGCUGAAGGCAUUGGUGACCAGCAUGCUGCGCCACGACCCUGCACGUCGGCCCAGCUGUAGAGAUAUGCUGGAGCACCCUCUGCUGCAGAAG